GUCGAGGAAUGAUCAAUCAGAGUGUGGAUCUUCUUUCCCCCUCAAAUUUACCGUAAUAAAAUAUCUUCGCGGCCAUCGUUUCUGUAAGGCUGUUUUAUAUAUACAGCUGUGAUGUUCUUUCUAGUGGAGAUUGAAGUUUGAUAUUUUGCCUCUUUGUUUUUUAUUUAGUUAUUUAGAAUGUAGAUCUUUAUACGGAUUUAGCCGCACAGUACGACGAGAGCAUGAAUCGAGGUGCUGUUUACGCCGCCCGUGCACUAGGGCUGUGUAUUGUGGUAGGAGUACUAAUUUGCCCUUGCGACUCAUCAGGGAAUCUUGGUUGCCGCUUCAGCCCUGUGUGUUCUGCUCGUGAAAUCUGCCGUGAAGAUAAACUAUUUGGCACGUGUGCCCAUAGGUCAGCUUCAAUCUUUGCCUACGACCUAGAUCCUGCCGGAUAUCUCCAACUAAAGAAUGCAAUAGAAUUUUUACUAUCCCGUGGUUACACUUGGGAUAACGCUUUUGCUCAGCACUCACUAAAGAUUGUUUUGAAACCAUAUAGACGCGAAUUAGAAUUGUACAAUGACAGAAAGCCAUCACUUAUACCAAAUGAUUCUGAUUUUUCUUCGGCUGGUGUGAACGGCCUCUUAAACGACCUAGAAUUAUUAGAAAAUGCAGAAGAAUAUGAGGAGAAAUUACGGAAGAGUAAGAUCGCGACACCCAAUUCUCGUCAUAAGGUACGCCAACAAAAGCCCACCAAGAGCUUUCUGCACCGACACGGAUCAAAGACCAACAAUAACAGGAUGUCUGAUGUUUUACAAGAGAUGUACUAUGAAAAGUAUUUAGAGUAUAUGAAAGCCAUGGAAGAAGAGUCGAAAGGGAGGAAAAUAAACACGUACGAUGAAUUUCUAAGUAGCAUGACUGAGCCAAGCGAAGACCAGCAAUGGGAGAUGGGUGGCAACGGUAGGGCUCAGGGCCAUAGAGCUGAAACCUGGCAGUUUGAUGACAAUAUUGGAGAUGGCCAAGUGGUAGACAUCAAUUGGCUAGAAGACAAUAAUGGUGAGGGUGUAAAAAAUGAUGAGAUGUUUGAAGGCGAAUUUAUUGGUGGUGAUGACGAGGUCUUCAAUAAAGAGUCUUCCAACAAAAACAACAUUGAAACCCAGGAUUAUCUAAAUGAUCUGUCAUUGUUGGACAUCGAGACGAUAAUGAAGGAGAUGUACAGUUUGUUUGCCACGGUUGAUCCUGAUUCGUGGACACAGUUAACAGAAAAAGAGAAAAGUCUGUUGUUGGACCAGGCAUUGCUUUUGCUACUAGAGAAGUAUCCAUCACUCACAACAAAACCUGCUGAAAAUGUGGAAAUAUGGAAGGAUUCUGAGGAAGUUACUGAAACAGCGAAUGGUAUCACAGAGAAGAUGGUGAUGGAAGAACAGGAGAGAGGGGAACAUGCAACAGGCGAAUGGGAGGAAGGAGGGCAGGAGAAUAUAAUAGGUAACGAAUGGCGUACCCCCAAAAUAGAAAACCAGCCUGAAGUCAAUUUGGAUUUAGAAGAACCAUUUCCAAAGCCUACAGAUUAUAAUCCAACUGGUAAACUGGUGAACCUUGAAAAUGAACAGACGGCAGAAGAAAACAUCAAGGCUAAAAAGGAACAUGAUGUUUUCGAUGUACACAACAACCUGGAUGUGGACACCUCAGCCGGCAUGCAUGUCGCAUCAUCAGUCCCAAGCAAAAAAGAUGACAGAAUAAAGAAUCAAGUUUUCAUUAUAACAAACGAGAGCUUAGGACAGCAGGAUGGGGAAAUGGUUGUCGAGCAGCUCCGUGACAUGUUGCAACUACCAGAGGAUGCAUUUAUAAACACACGAGUAAAGAAGACAAAGGUUACUUUCACCGUCAAUACGAAAUACAACAAUUCUGCAUCAGAUAUUGCGAAGAAAGCAGCUCAACUUGGCACUGAAUUGCAUAAGAGGCUAGGCCCGACGAUCAGGAUGACAGGCGCUGGAUCUGGGAGGAAUUUUGCUACUUUGUUCUGGUUCUGGUGGGCAAAGCCAACGAACCUUAUAUGGACUCUAAAAGUGUAG